CUAGAUUGAACGGAUCAUUCAGUAUCAUUUUGUGCAAAAUUGUGACCGAUUGGAGAAAAUCUUACGGCCAGUCAAUGAUGAAAUUGCCGGUGCUGUGUCUAGCAGUGCUAAGCAGUACUUUGGCUGUUCCAAAUGGAUACUACCAUCAAGAGUACAACUACAAAACGUCCUCAUCGUCCUUCAAGAACAACGAGCUCCAACACAAAACCGACGACCAAGGCUAUUACAAGAAAGACGGUGAUCUGGAAGGCCAUACGAAACCUCGAGUCGACUCCAACAGCGAACACUCCGAAUACGUCAAUCCGAACCUAAGAAACAGCCAGUAUGGCAACCUGGGCAGCCAGUACACGAGUGGCUAUGGAGGUGGCUCCGACCUAACUUCCUUAGGGCACAUGAGGGCAGCCAACGACUACAGCGGGUACGAUGCCAAUAACUUGGCUGUAGAUGGUUUGGCCCAUAAUGAUCGUAUUGUGGGCAGCAGAGGCUACUCGUCAGGAUAUUCUUCAGGAUAUGGAUCUAACAGCUAUGGAGCAGGUUCUUCAAGUUCCUCCAGCUCUUCAGCAGCUAAUCUUCGGGUCAUAACCACCCGUCUUCAACAGGAUUUAGAGAAUGAUCUCCAAGAGGCGAUUCGCGUCAACAAUAUGUAUGCCCAGUCACGAGUCGACAUCGCUGAGUUAGAGAGAGAACUUAGGAACAAUUUAACUGAGAGACUCAAUAAUGAGCUCAUAGCUAGGUAUGGGCAACAAAUGAUCAGAGAUGGCAUGUCCUAUUCGUUGGAUGGAGGACGAUUGCAUUCGACUGCGAAUUACGGAAGCCAAGAGUUAGCUGAUCUCAAGAGACAAGUAGAAAACACUUUGAUGAAUCAACUAAGGACUCAAUAUCACAGUAGCUCGAGUUCAUCCAAUCAGUAUUACAAUCAACAAGGUGUUUAUGGAUACACAACCACCCCACACUCCGUAUACCGACCGAUCUACCCUUCGCUGCCAACCACCUCGCGAUACCCCAUCGACUACAACAACCACGCCAACUACCAAACGAUCAAAUCCUCCAACUACCAAACGGUCAACUCCAACACCCGUUAUACGCCGGUCCAGCAACCGGAGAGCAUCACCAACAUAGCCUCCAGAGUGCAGACCGAGAUGGACCAGCAGCUGAACCAGCUGCUGGACGACACCAAGGCGAAGUAUUUCUCGUCCAGUUCCGCCUACGCGCUCACCAACACCGACGUGUUGCUGGAGAGGCUGCGCAACGAGCUGCGCAGCAACCUGACCUACCUUCUGGACGAGAACAUCAGGAGGAACUACGGCACGCAGCAGCAGAGGGACGGCUACAUGUACUCUCUGGGGCCCAGCGGGCAGUCGUCUGGCGAGUACAAUUACGCGCUGCGCGAUUUGGAGAAUUUGAAGACGCAGGUCGAGAGGAACUUGAUCAACAAGUUGAACAGAGAUUUCGAAGGAUACAGAAGCAGUUGGUCUUCACACCAAUCAUAUUCGAGUCAGUCCAGUUAUGGAAACAACUACGGGUAUAGCAGCACACCACGAUAUGAAAGUAUCUCGAAUCCCAGAUAUGAAGUUUAUACAACUCCUCGAAGUUCUAUUUAUAGUUUAUAUACUACACCAUCCUCAAAUGGAGCCGCCUACAUAAAGAAUGGCGGAAGUUACAACUACUUGGGAGGUUCUCAACAAUCUGGAUACGAAGCCCAAAGUUCUGGCAACAUGGCCCAGCUUCAACGGAACCUCCAAGACCAACUCUCGAGGCAGCUGCAAGCUGCCAUCAACCAAGAACAACAUUCUUCGUAUUCAUCGUCAGGAAGCAGUUACAACCCUUCCAACUACCAGGCGUCACUGCAAGAACUGUCCAAUGAGUUGAACAGGAAUCUGACUAAAAACCUUCAAGAGUACAGUGCCAGCGGCUCAUAUGCUGCGUAUGGAAAUUUUGAUAGUACUCAAAUGGAAAGGUUAAGAUCACAACUACAAGAUUCUCUAAUGUCAGAACUCAGACAAGGAUUACAACGAUCUUUCCAGACCCAUGGUUCUUAUAGUAGUAGUAGUAGCGGUAGUUCAAACUAUAGACAAGUUAGAGGAUACCAGGACCAAGGACAAUACAGAUCUGGAUACGAAUCUAUUGCUGGGGAAGACUGUGAUGGUCACCAAAGCUACAGAGCAAAGAGAAGUUACUCUCCUUCUUCAUAUGCAUGGUCGAGACACCAUUCGCAAAGUAGUCAUUAUUCUGGUGCUAUAAGUAGUUACCCAGGAAAUCAUUAUUCAAGCUACGGAAGACGCGCUGAAAGCACAAAUCAACAAGAACUUGGACAACAAAUAGAACUUGGUCAAGAACUGGAAAACUCAGACCUAGUUCAAGAAGUGCAAAAUCCUCUAGAAUUCGGGCAGCAAGAGGAAGAAAGCUAUGGAAAAUUGCAAUUAUCAAAUCAAGAACCACUCGGACAGCACAUCGAUGACUCUGACUUGACUCAACAAGUUGAGGACAGUGGUUAUGGAAAAUUGCAAUUAUCAAAUCAAGAACCACUUGGGCAGCAAAUCGAUGACUCUGACUUGACCCAACAAAUUGAAGACAGUGGUUAUGGAAAAUUGCAGUUAUCAAAUCAAGAACCACUUGGGCAGCAAAUCGAUGACUCUGACUUGACUCAACAAGUUGAGGACAGUGGUUAUGGAAAAUUGCAAUUAUCAAAUCAAAAACCACUUGGGCAGCAAAUCGAUGACUCUGACUUGACUCAACAAGUUGAGGACAGUGGUCAUGGAAAAUUGCAGUUAUCAAAUCAAGAACCACUUGGGCAGCAAAUCGAUGACUCUGACUUGACCCAACAAAUUGAAGACAGUGGUUAUGGAAAAUUGCAAUUAUCAAAUCAAGAACCACUUGGGCAACAAAUCGAUGACUCUGACUUGACUCAACAAGUUGAGGACAGUGGUCAUGGAAAAUUGCAGUUAUCAAAUCAAGAACCACUUGGGCAGCAAAUCGAUGACUCUGACCUGACCCAACAAGUUGAGGACAGUGGUUAUGGAAAAUUGCAAUUAUCAAAUCAAGAACCACUUGGGCAACAAAUCGAUGACUCUGACUUGACACAACAAAUUGAGGAUAGUGGUUACGGAAAAUUAUUAGUCCAUCAAAAUCAAAGCCCCUUAGACGUUGGGCAACAAAUAGAGGAAGAACAUUCGGGUAACGGAAAACUCCAACUCACAAAUCAAGAACCACUUGGACAGCAAAUCGAAGACUCCGAAUUGACCCAACAAGUUGAAGAAGCGCAUCCCAUAGAAUUCGGACAGCAAGUUGAAGAUGGGGAAAGUAGUACUGAAAAAUUACUAGUACAAAAAAUAGAACAGUUGGAACUUGGACAACAAGUUGAAAAAGACGAUACAAAGUAUGGCGUGCCUAUUACUGAUCAAAUAGAACUUGAGGAGCCAACUGAAAAAUAUCAACAAUUAGAGCAACACACUAUUGGAAAACAUGACUCAGUUUUCACUAAACAUAUUGAAGAAACACAUGUACCAGAACCAUGUCUCCAAGUGACAUCUAUAAUACAUUUAGAGGAAGUAACUCAGAUACCGAUAUUGAAAAAACCCGAAGAGCAAAAAAUCAACAAUUCUGAUGCGUGGUGUAAAAAAUACGUUGACAGUUCAUUGAUGGACGCACCAUGGUCUCUUAGCGAAGAAUUGAAAAACAGCAUUAGAAAAGAAGUAUCCCAAAAUGGUGGUAAUAAGGCAGAGUCUGCAUUCGUUCUGAAAAAAAUUCAACAACAAAUUCCGGAGGACAUGUUGAGAAAAUGUUUCCAAUUGAAUAAUAUAAAAAAUCAGAAAGACCAAAAAAUAUUGAUUACCGGUCUUGAAGACUAUUUUCAAUCUUUAAUCAAUAGAGAAAUAGAAACUGCAGGCAAAGGUUCUAAUCUUGAACAAGAAAGCGAAAAUCUGAAUCAACAACAAGUAGUUGAUGAUCCUGACGACCUAAUAGACCCUAUACUAGUUAUUGGCCGACAAAAUCCAUACACCCGAGAUGAAAUUAUUCAAUCCCACGAUGAACAAUAUACUGCAGACAAAAGUUAUAAUCUUGAACAAGAAAGCAAAAAUCUGAAUCAACAACAAGUGGUUGAUGUUCCUGACGACCUAAUGGACCCCAUACUACUUGCUGGUCGACAAAAUCCAUACACCCAAAAUGAAAUUAUUCAAUCCCACGAGGAACAAUACAAUGCAGGCAAAGGUCAUAAUCUUGAACAAGAAAACGAAAAUCUGAAUCAACAACAAGUGGUUGAUGUUCCUGACGACCUAAUGGACCCCAUACUACUUGCUGGUCGACAAAAUCCAUACACCCAAAAUGAAAUUAUUCAAUCCCACGAGGAACAAUACAAUGCAGGCAAAGGUCAUAAUCUUGAACAAGAAAACGAAAAUCUGAAUCAACAACAAGUGGUUGAUGUUCCUGAUGAUCUAGUGGAGCCUAAGCUACUUCUUGGUCGACAAAAUCCAUCGACCCAAAAUGAUAUUGUUCAAUCCCACGAUGAACAAUUUCAUGUUGAUUUGAGUACCUGGUGUGAUAAAUAUGUUGACACAUCUUUGAUGGAUGCACCAUGGUUUCUUGGCAGAGAACUGAAAGACAAUAUAACCAAAGAAGUAGCUCAAAAUGGCGGUAGCAAGGCAGAUUUGCCUUACUUAACCAGAAAGAUUCUAGACGGAAUUCCCAAAGAAAUGUUAACGAAGUGCUUUCAAGUAGACAUGACAGAAUUGAAAUACCAGAAAACAGUACUUGCGGGACUUGAUGAAUACUUCAAUUCUCUGAUAAAAAGGCAUAUAGAAAAUGUCGUCAAAGGUAAUACUGAAGACAAUGGCCAACAAUUGGAUGUGGAAUCUCUUAUUGAACCAGAACCACUUAGAAAAGAUGAUGGGUAUCAACAACCCACUUAUGGAGCAGUUGGAUAUCAGAAACCACCUCACCAAAUUGAAAUCAUUCAACCACAAGUAUUGAAUAGUUUCGAGAACUGGUGUAGUCAAUAUGUUGACCUGACGUUGAAGGAUGUACCUUGGGGCAUUAGCAAAAAACUGAAAGACAACAUUAAUGAGAAAGUGAAGGAGGGUAGUAGCUCUGAAACUACAUAUAAUAAAAUUCUAGCAGGAGUGCCCAAAAACAUGUUAAGAAAAUGCUUUCAAAUAGAUACAAUUGAAGCAAAUGAACAAGUAACAGUACUUGCUGGAAUUGAGGAUUACUUCCAAUCGCUGAUCAGAAGAGAAAUCCAAAGCUCUAUCAAAAGGAAUAAACAACAAGUGGUCGAUAUUUCCGAUAAUAGACAAAAUAUACUAACAAACCAACAACCGUCGGCACAAAAUUCGGAACAAGAUCAAGUUGCACCUCAGAAUAUUGCUGAAGCUGAACGAACCGCUGACGUAUUGAUAGAUGCUCUCAGGAGAGAAAGCCAACACCGACAAAUAUCGGAAAUUCAAGAAAUUGGAGGAUUUGGGUACAGAAGAAGGCCACCACAUGCAUCACCGUACCCACAAAAUGGAUACUCUGGACAUUAUAAUCCUGCUAGAGAUAGUUAUACGCCUUACGGUAACAGAAAUUCAUAUGGCUUGGAUAAUUUUGACAGAUUCAAUGAUUAUCAUCCAGGAGUUGGACAUCAUGAUCGGAGUCAUCCUGCCUUUGACUCUUAUGGUAACUAUCAUCCGAGACUGGAAACAACUAACUCAUAUGGUCCAUAUUACCAGAUACCCCGCAGACCGGCAGAUUCGAGGGCAGAUUCUUACCCUUAUCAACAGAGACAAGUAGUGGAGCAGAAUAUGGAACUGAAUAGAGGUCAUCGAUAUUCUGAUAUUGAUUCUUAUGGUUUGUACCAUCAGAGACCGCGAGUGUCAUCGUAUUCUCACUCUUAUGGACAGAAGCAAGUAGGUACAGAGAACGUGGAACCUGAGUCCAAUAUAGAGCAGCUCAAUGGAGGCAAUGAAAACUAUUUACCUGUCAAAACUCAACGUAGACCAGUCUACAGUGGAAUAAAGGGACGCAGAAUACCUCAUCCCAUGAUGCAGGAACCGGUACAAGAACCUAUUAUAACACCUGUUAGUGUUGCUCCCUCUUCGAAAAAUUCCGAGAUUAAGCCUCAGAAAAUUAUUGCAUCCGAACAAGUUGAAGGUACAACUGUGUCUUCACCAGAAGAGUUGUCUUGGUGGCAAAAAUUUGGAAAUAAAGUGAAACAGGGUGCACAGAGUUUGAAACAGAAGAUUACUGGCUGAGUUGAAUAUCAACUUUAUUCAAGUUUUGUUGAUUAUUUGAAUGUGUUUGUUAAGUUAUUAUGUUUUUUAUUAUUAAAGUAUUAUUUAUAC